AUGUCUGAACCUCGACAACUUCACCCUCAGGUAAUGCUUCCACCAAGCACGACAGAUGCUGAUACCGGCGGUAACGUCAUUGGCAAGUCCGCACCCACUCAGGCGACAGGUCCUCCUACCCGUAGCCGGGCCAGGAAGAUCGCUGUUCCUGUAGUCAACACCACCGUCAACGACCCACCUACCCCAGCACCUUCCCGCCCCAGUUGGGCCAAAAAAAACAAUUCCAAGGCCGUUAAGAAAAUUCCGCCUAGUGAAUCUGACCCCAAUUUGUCCGUGCCAAUGGUGGACAUCAACAUCGCUGUUCCUGUAGUCAACACCACCAUCAACGACCCACCUACUCCAGCUCCUUCCCGCCCCAGUCAGGCCAAAAAAAACAAUUCCAAGGCC